AUGACUGAAGCAGCGGAAGAUAAUUUGUCAAGAAUGGAGGACAAGCAGUCGCCAUCGAGACAGGACAGGUUUUUAUUCGACUGUGAUCAUCUCAUCAUGUUAUGCACAUAUAUCGAGAAACUUGAGAUAAUAGAUCAGACAGAGACGUUGCUACAGGUUAAAAUGGAAGAUUUGGAACGAAGAUGGGGAAAGAUUCAGGGAUCCUAUGAGUCAGUUAUGUUAUGCCCGGAUUCACGAGCUCCCACCGGGCUAAAAGACAACGCUAGAAUGAAUUUUAAUGUUUGUUCGGAGGCCUAUUAUGUUGCUAGGUCUCACCUCUUCGACAUGAUAAGGAUCGCAGCAUCGCCUAAUCCUAGGGUCCAGGCUUCAAGAUUGGGUAUAUCGCCUGAUGAUUUUCCCCCUCCACGCCAUUCUCUGGAUAACCAAACUGGCGACUUUUCGGGUAUAUGUAUUAAGGUUCCUCCGUGCGAUACAGAGGACUUUAAGGGUGGUUACGAAGAAUGGCCGUCUUUUCGUGACAUGUUCACAGCGGUCUACGUAAACCACCCGAAACUGACUCGAGCUCAGAAGUUGUACCAUCUGAGGAAUAAAACCCAGGGUCCAGCAGGGGCAAUUGUCAAACGCUACCCACUCUGUGAUGAGAACUUCGAAUUGGCAUGGAGGGCAUUGAAGUCGCGCUACGAGAAUAAAAGAGUGUUGGUGGAUAAUCAACUGAAAAUUUUGUUCAAUAUCCCAAUGGCCUCAGUUGAGAGUAGCGAAUCUAUACAGAAGAUACAAUCAACUGUGAAUGAUUGUAUGUCAACCUUUAGAACGCUUGAUGUAGAUGUUGACCAUUGGGACCCCAUACUCGUUUAUUUAAUAUCCACCAAGCUUCCCGAUAAAACCCUUGCGUUAUGGGAGGAAUCCCUUAAAUCCCACAGCGAUUUACCCAAAUGGUCUGAGCUGGAUGAAUUCCUAGUAAACAGGUUCGAAAUUGUUGAACGGAUAUCCAGCAUAAAAUCCACUAAAGACAGUUAUAGCGCUAUAGAGGGAAUUGCCCAGAAAACACAGGCCUAUUCAUCUCAGGAGAAACUUAAUUAUUUAUGCCCACUGUGCAGAGAUGACCACUCGAUACGGUCAUGUUCGGAAUUUCGGAAAUUUUCGCCACAGGAGAGGAUUGAUUUUACUUUUAAGAACAAGUUGUGCAACAACUGCCUCUCUCCUAAUCACUCCAAGCAGAAGUGCAAGAGCAAGAAUACAUGUUUUAUAUGCCAUAAAAACCACCACUCCCUGCUUCAUUUAAAGAGUAAGUCUGAUUCGAUUCAGAUCUCUGAGAACUCAAAUAGCUCUGUCACGAACUCGAGCCCCCGAGGUAAUAAUUUCAAUGGAACAGCCCCUUUGGAUGAAACUCCAUCGACAUCAACCAAGGGCUCGCAGAUCCAGGUAAACUUUGCAUCUAGUAAUGAGACUAUUUUGCUAAGAACGGCACUGGUGCAAAUAGAUUUAAGAGGGGAAUUAUUUACGGCACGGGCUCUUAUAGAUGCAGGUUCUCAGAGGACAUUUGUGACGGAGAGGCUCAGAAGCCUACUACAGAUUCGCUAUCGCAGCGCACGGUUUGAGAUUUUCGGUCUCGGCGAAAAGAUGCAAACAUCCAACAAAGAAUGCGAGAUUUGCUUGUAUUCUCAUAGAUACAACAUACGUUUCUCAAUAAACGCAAUUGUUCUUCCAAAGUUGACCCAACUUUUACCGGCUGCAUCGUUCACUAUAUCUGACCCACAGGGACUCAGUCAGUUGGACUUAGCCGACCCGACAUUCAAUAAAUCGGCUCACGUGGACCUCAUUUUAGGAAAUGACUCGGAGCGAUUUAUAAAUAUUGAAGGCAUGAGGAAGAAUGUUUGUGGAUAUGCUUCGGCAUAUAACACCGUUUUUGGUUGGGUCUUAAGUGGUCCCACGAAAGCUCAGCAUGUUCAGACAUUUACUACAAAUGUCCAGGCAACGGAGAUUCCAUCGCUGAAUGAAAUUUUACAAAAAUUUUGGGAAGAGGAGGAAAUUCCACAUUCCCGCCCGCGUUCGGAAGAUGAUGCCUACUGUGAGGAUUUAUACCAGAGCACUACGACGCGCCAAGGUGACGGAAGGUACGUUGUAAGACUUCCUUUUAAAAGGGAGUUCCCGAAUUCUGUGUAUCUAGGCUCAUCCAGAUUCAUUGCCCUUGGUCAGUUGGCCAGGAUGGAGCAAUCGCUAUCUAAAAAUUCCGAACUUCAGACCCAAUAUAACUCAGUGCUUGAGGAGUAUCUUUCUCUAGGGCAUAUGGAAGAAACGACACCUAUGGAGAUUACUUCAAAUGGCAAAUAUAGUUCGUAUUAUCUUCCACACCACGCCGUUGUGCGACCCGAACACAAGACAACCAAAGUCAGAAUCGUUUUUAAUGCAUCCAGAAAAUCGAAAUCAGGAUUUUCUUUAAACGAUGUCCUUCUGACCGGGCCCACCCUUCAAACCGAUUUGAUAUCAACGGUCUUGAAUUGGAGAAGAUACAAAUAUGUCUUUAGUGGAGACAUUCAAAAAAUGUACAGACAAAUUCUUGUACAUCCCAAAGAUCGCCCAUUCCAAAGAGUUCUGUAUCAGAGAACGCCAAAUGAUCCCGUGAAGGACUAUCAACUCAACACCGUUACGUUUGGCAUAAACUGUGCCCCUUUUCUUGCGAUUCGCACAUUAAUACAAUUGGCGUCAGACUCAGAAUCUCAUUCCCCAAAAGUGGCAUCUAUCUUAAGAAGGGAGACCUACGUAGAUGACAUCCUCUCCGGUGGAUAUUCAAUAGAUGAAACCAGAGACGUCCAAAUCCAACUUAUGAACACCCUUUCAUCUGCAGGCUUCCCACUUAAGAAAAUGACGGCCAAUGACUCCCAACUUUUGGAUUAUUUAUCUCCCGACGAUCUUUACGAUUUAGACUUUUUACGACUCGAUGAGACGAGCUCAACGAAAACCCUAGGCAUUAAGUGGAAUGCAUUGUCUGAUUCCUUUUCAUAUGCUUUUAACCCGGUACAGACGUGCAUAAACCCUACAAAGAGAAAAGUACUAUCGACUGUAGCGCAACUCUUUGACCCAGCUGGAUGGAUAACACCCAUUAUUGUAAAGGCGAAGAUUUUAAUGCAACAUCUCUGGCUUGAGGGUUCUGGUUGGGACGACACAAUAAGUGAUGACUCCCGCCAUUCGUGGGAGCAAUUGCUCUUGGACUUUUCCGACAUUAAUUCCAUUCGAGUUCCUCGUUGGAUUAGAUGCAUGCCGUCCGAUCACAUUCAAAUUCAUGGGUUUUCAGACGCAUCAAAGGCGGCGUAUUGCGCUUGUGUAUAUGUCAAGGUGCGGUCUUCUGACAAUGCCUCACAUUCCAGCCUAUUGGUGGCCAAAAAAUAA